GGAAACGGUCCCACUCUAUUAUUGUUCCCCCGAUCCUCGGAACAGUUAAGCAGUUGAAGCUAUGUAUCAUAGACUAUACAGUUUGUAUUAGUCGGUUAUUCUUUUGUUACAGACGUAACAUAUUAUUGUCCCAGACUUUCAUAUUUAACCGUUUAAAACGGUGUUAAUGACCUGAGCUCGGCUUGUCUCAGACUGAUUUAAUACAUUCAGAAUUGUCUUUAAAUGGAUGGGAGCUUGUUAUCUUAGCUGGCUAGUUUGUAGUUUAUCCAGGUUUAUUUGACUGCUCCCUGUUAGAAAACAUGGGUUUUAAUAUUUAGCAGUGUAUAAAGUUGAUGGUUGUGAAGGCGUGUCCGCAUGGACUCAGAACGGAGGAGAGACAGCCGGAGCUGGGACUGGGACGGCCCGCAGUGCCGAGCCCAGCUGGAUGAGGUUUUUUUCCGCAAGCAUGACUACAUCCAGGCCGGCAGCCCGGAGCACAGAGAGUUCUGGGCUUUCUUUGACCGCUUCCAGAGGUUUAAAACAAAGAGGGACAUGUCUGGGUCAAAAGGGGGCAGAGACGAAGGGAGAAAGACUGGGAAGGUAGACCUGGGUCUUCCUAAAGAGUAUGAUGCUCGCUACAGGAUUAAUGUGUCCGUGUGCACCAGGGACAUGGAGGAGCGCCUGGGGAAGUCCGAGCACAGAAGCAGACACAGACCCUCAGGUCCAGGCAGUCAGGAGGUCGCAGACUGCCGCCUGGCUCUCCUGCAUUUCCUGGACUUCAGCCAGAGACAGAGUUUUGGGAAACUGGCCAAGCUCCGCCGGGAGCAGAAGAACCUGCCCAUCUUCCAGUACCGGGACAGGAUAGUGGAGCUGGUGCGAACUCACCCUGUGGUCGUGGUUGCAGGGGACACGGGCUGUGGGAAAUCCACCCAAGUCCCGCAGUAUCUCCUUUCAGCGGGAUUCAGCCACAUAGCCUGCACGCAGCCUCGACGUAUUGCCUGUAUCUCCCUCGCCAAGAGGGUCAGCUUUGAAAGUCUCAAUCAGUAUGGCUCAAAGGUGGGGUACCAGAUCCGCUUUGAGACCACCCGGACUCCGGCCACCAAACUGCUGUUCCUCACUGAGGGGCUGCUGCUCCGACAGAUCCAGCAGGACAAGACGCUGGCUCAGUACCAGGUGUUGAUCGUGGACGAGGUCCAUGAGAGACAUCUCCACUGUGACUUCCUUCUUGGGGUCCUGCGCUCUCUGCUGGCUGACCACCCAGACAUGCGUCUCAUCCUCAUGUCAGCCACCAUCAACAUCAAACUUUUCUCAAACUAUUUCAGUAACGCUCCUGUGCUGCAGGUGCCAGGCAGGCUGUUUCCUAUACAGGUGAUAUACCGGCCAAUUCCACCCGAGGAGCAGGCCUCGCGUUCAGAAAAAAUGGAUCCCAGACCAUAUCUGCGCAUCCUGCAGGGCAUCGAUCAGCGAUACCCUCCAGAGGAGCGCGGCGACCUUCUCUUCUUCCUCAGCGGUGUGGCGGAGAUCUCCACCAUUCAGGAGGCCUGCCAGGUUUAUGCCACACACACAAGUCGCUGGAUCGUCUUACCGCUGCACAGCACCCUCUCACUGGCCCAACAGGAUAAGGUGUUUGACAUUGCUCCUCCUGGGGUGAGAAAGUGCAUCAUCUCUACUAAUAUUGCAGAGACCUCAGUUACAAUAGAUGGAGUGCGCUUUGUUGCAGACUCGGGGAAGGUAAAAGAAAUGAGUUUUGAUCCUAAGGCCAAGAUGCAACGUCUGCAGGAGUUCUGGAUCAGCCGAGCCAGCUCUGAGCAGAGGAAAGGUCGAGCCGGUCGUACGGGUCCAGGAGUGUGUUACCGCUUGUACGCCGAGUCUGACUAUGAUGCCUUCGCACCUUAUCCUGUUCCGGAAAUCCACAGAGUGGCUCUGGACUCACUCAUCCUCCAGAUGAAAAGCAUGUGUCUUGGAGAUCCACUUUCUUUUGUCUUCAUUGAUCCACCUCCAGCUGCUAGUAUCCAGACUGCAGUUACUUAUCUGAAAGAGCAGGGGGCGCUGGACAGUCGGGGUGAAUUGACCUCUAUUGGUAGUUUGCUGGCUCAACUGCCUGUGGAUGUGGUCAUAGGGAAGAUGCUGGUUCUGGGCUCCGUGUUUAACCUGGUGGAUCCAGUGUUGACGGUAGCAGCAGCCCUCAGUGUUCAGUCUCCUUUCCUGCGCAGCUCACAGCACAACCCAGACUGUUCCACGGCCCGCCAGCCCCUCAACAGCAACCACGGGGACCCCUUUACGCUGCUCAACACCUUCAAUGCCUGGGUGGAGGUGAAGGGAGAGAGAGGUGGUGGAUCAAGGAAGUGGUGCAGGAGGAGAGGCCUGGAGGAGCAGCGACUCUAUGAGAUGGUCAACCUACGCAGACAGUUCAAGGACUUGCUGAAGAGCCACGGCCUGCUAGAGUCAGAGAGCAGCGCUCCCUCUGGUGGUGACCGCGGACAGCGUAGGGAACGGCUGACUGAGAGAAGGAAGCUGCAUCAGCUGAAGAGAGAUCAUGAGAAGCAGGAGACCGGCAGACGGAAAGUCCUGAGGAUGGACGAAGGCCAGGAUGGAGAGUUCUCCUCAGGAUCCGACACAGAGGGAGCCAGCAGAGGCAAAAAGGACAAAGACGAAUCAGGACAGAACAUUGACAUACAGGAGGUGAAGUUCAAACUGCGUCACAACGUAUCAGAGCUGCAGGAGGCGGCCACCAUCAGUCAGGACAUGUCCUCUCGUCAGCAGGCUUUGCUUAAGCUGCUGCUUUGCCGAGGCCUUUACCCUCAGCUGGCACUGCCUGAUGAACACAACACCAACCGCAAGGACUCCGACCAGGUGUUUCACACCAAGAAUAAACAAGGAGUGGUGAUCCACCCGACCAGUGUGUUUGCCAGUGACCCGGAGGUGUUACAGGUGCCUGAGGAUGACACCAGAGAAAUGGGACCUGAUAGGAGAGACAGCACCAAACACCAGCUGCUCGCCUUCGUCACUCUUCUGGAGACCAACAAGCCCUAUUUGUCCAACUGCGUGCGGGUUCCAGCACUCCAAGCUCUGCUGCUGGUAGCAAACUCUGUGGACAGUAACGCUGACUGUACACGUCUGGUGGUGGACGGCUGGCUGGAGCUGGAGCUGAAGGAGCCAGAGGAGGCCCUGAAGGUGCUGUCCACAGCUCUUACUCACAGGGCUGAGUGGGAGCGCCUCCUGCUGGCCCAGCUGGGAAAGAGCACAAUGGGGGAAGAACCAGUCCAGGGAGUGUCCCGCAAAGUGACGGAGAAGCUGAGCGAAGGCCUUGUGCGCUUCCUGCUCUACACUGAGGUCAGUUACAGCCUGCGGCGACUCACAGCUUUCCAGACCCAGAACUUGUUUAUUGGCCCUCAGGCUCAGUCUGAGCUGUCUCAAACCAAAGCUCCAGAUGUAAAUCCGCUGUUUCCAGGAGUCGAGGCCAAGCCAGACCCCAUUAAAGGAGGCUUACGCGUCACCAGCUUCUUCACCUACAACUGUCUGGCUGACUCAAAGGACCUCUACAGUGAGUGUUUACGCACUUUCUGGAGCUGUCCUAACUGUGACCUCUACAUGCCUCUGACUCCACUGGAACGCAUGCAGCACGAGGCCUCCUGCAGGCCGGCAGGAGAACAGCAGCAGCCGGAGGAAGAGCCAGAAGGUGUAAAGGCCUCCUCCUCCUCAGUGUCCAGUCUUACCAGAGUUUAUCACUGUGAUGUCUGUGAUGAAGACCUGACCCUCACCUCCACUGAGAUCCUUAAACACAAAAGGCAGCACAUGCAUUCUGCAAAGUAACUGACUGUAAGGACAACAACUAAACACGGCUUGUGUCUCUUCUGUUAAGGACAGACUUGACAUUGUAGAACUGUUCUUCUUCCCUUUUGUAUUUGUUUAUUAAAGUGCUAUCACUUCCCUCUAA